AUGGCCCUCCAAGAAGUGCGCUGGCCCGGCUCCCACGAAAUGAAAUGUGGUUCCUACACAAUUUUAUGGUCUGGUCCAGGUAUUGGCGCACCACGUUCCGCCGGAGUAGCCAUAGCACUCGACAAAGAUACCUUCUACCUUCAAAUAGAACAAGCAAUCAAGAAGACUCACCAAAGCGACCUGAUCGUCUGUCCAUGCGGUAGUGGUACAUCAAACGACAAUACAGAAAGGUUGCUGAACUUCUACCUGGGUGCCGGCUUAAGAAUGGGCGGCUCAUGGUUCAAACGUAAGAACAUCCACCGAUACACGUGGUUCUCUAACGAUGGCAUUAUUGUCAAAGAGAUCGACCACGUCCUCGUCAACACCAAAUGGUCCGCCCUACAAAACUGUCGCGUCUACCGUAGUCCUGAGUUCGACGCUGACCACCGCCUCGUCAUUACCACGAUGUCAUUACGCCUGAAGCGCACAGGCAUCGGCUCGGCACAUACUCAGCAUUACGACAUCAAGAGGUUGGAAGAUCCCGCUGUACAAAGUCAAUAUGCAGUGGAAGUGAGUAAUCGCUUCGCUGCACUUACGAUCGACGAAUCAUCAAAUUGGGACAAAUUCAAGGAAACAUUAAAUGACGUUGCAGCUCAACAUUUGAGAUUUCACCGACACAAGAAGAAACCAUCGAUUAAUGAAUACAAGAUACUGAACAAACAGUGUAAGUCAAACCUGAAACCAGAUCGACAACAAUGGGCCGACAACACAGCGAAAGAUGGAAAAGCUGCACUCGCAGCAGGCGAAGCGAGAGACGCAUUCGCGAACUUCCGACGCCUCGCUAAGGUAACCCUUCCCAUCAGUAGCCCAAUUUCCGGCUCAACUGGCAAUCAAAUCAGCGAUAAACCACGAAAGCUUCAACGCUGGCGCUCCUACUACACCAAACUCUUCAAUCGCCCCGAUGCACCCGUUUCCGAAGAUCUGGCCACGGCUGCUCAAUCGGCCGCUGAAGAUUCAACCAUCAACUGCAACAAACCAACGACAAAAGAAGUUCUCGACUGUCUGAGAAAAUUGAAAAACGGCAAGGCACUUGGCAUAUGUAUAACGGAAAAGAAUGAUGUUGUGAAGACGAUGGAUGUGUCUGUUGGCACAAUAUGUAAUAUCACACCGGAGAUGAUGAAAGCCAGAGGCAUCGACUGCGGCACUUGGCUAACCAACAUCAUCCAAAACGCUUGGCGCUCUGAACUUAUCCCAACAGAUUGGAAGAAAGGCGCGAUCCCGCCUUUUUACAAAGGGAAAGACAGCGUUCGCGUCGAUGGUCAAUUAUCCGCUGACCUCGACUUUGCGGACGAUGUCGCGCUUUUAGCAGAGACAGUAGAAGCACUCAUGUUGGCAUUGGACAUUAUGCAAGAUGAAUCCCGUCUACUAGGCCUGGAAAUCAACAGCAAGUCACUAUCGGUACGUGGCCACGACGUGGAUGUGGUCGACUCAUUCGUCCAGCUAGGUUCUAUGAUUCACAACUCAGGGAGCAGCGCACCGAAAAUACCUCGAAAGAUUGCAAUUACUCGGAGUUGCAUGAAGACAUUGGACAAAUCCAUCUGGCGCUCCAGUAUCACGAUACAAACCGAAGUACGCGUCUACAACUGCUACAUCGUACCAAUCCUCCUCUACGGCGCCGAGACUUGGACCUUAACAGCUUCGGUUGAACCGAAACUGGGUACCUUCGAUAACUGGUGUCUCCGUCGCAUUCUCCGUAUACCUUAUAUGCAGCACGUCACGAACAAAGAAGUCCGUGAAAAUAUUGGUUCGGAAACAGAAAAUGCUGAAAGCCAAACAUCAAAAGAAGAUGAUGAAAUUGAUUUAGAAAAUCUUAAAAUGGACGACGAUUCUCCGGAAAAGAGUUUAUAUAGUUCUAACUCUGGAAUUACCUGGUCGUCAAUUCUGUCCUCUUCGACGAAAAUAAGCUCUUCAAAUGAUGCAAACGAGAAAACUGGACCUACCGGAUUCACUGAAAAUGUAUCAUCUAUUGAAGACUCAUUUAUGUGUUUUAUGUCGGAAAAAAUCAUACUGAAAAUUUUGAUUUAUUCAAAUAUGGGAUAUAUUCGAAAUACUACUUCUAAUGGAAAGACAGAAGAAAUAACAAUGAUGGAAAUAAAAGCUUUUAUUGGACUUUUAUUACUUGGUGGUUUAUUAGGAGAAUCGAAGAAAACCAUUAAAUCCAUAUGGAGAAGAAAUCCGUUAGAGUCUCCAAUAUUCAAAGCCACUAUUUCAAGAGAAAUUUUUGAAAAAUUAUCUACUGCUUAA